AUGAUGAAAAUUCGAUAUUGUUUAAAUCCAAUUUCUCGUUUUCAAUCGACAUCAUCAGCAGUAUCUCGUAGUCGUUUGACAAAUGAUGAAAUUCGUCAACAUCGUCUUCGAAUAUAUAAUAAUGAACGUCAAACACAAAUGGAACGUAUUCGUCGUGUAGAAAAAAUUGAAAUUGAUGUUGAAGAUCCAAUUCAAUCAACAAAAUUAUUAAUGAAUAAAAAUUUAUCAACACCAUAUCAUUGUGCUAAACAUUUAUCAUCAGUUUUAGUUGAUCGAUCUUGUUUAGCUUUAAUUGAUGAUGAAAUUGUUUGGGAUAUGAAUCGUCCAUUAGAACGGGAUUGUAAAUUAAAAUUUCUUCAUUUUCUUGAAGAAAAAUGUGAAGAACAAAAUCGUGCUUAUUGGAGAACAUGUUCAUUUAUUAUUGGAUAUAUUCUUGAAACGGCAUUUAAAUCAAAUUAUAAUGUUGAACUUUGUUCAUUUCCUCCACCACAAUUUCAAUAUGGAUCAUUUGCUUAUGAUGCUCAACUUAAUAUUGGAGAUUGGAAACCAACACGUGAUGAUCUUCGUUGUUUAUCAAUUCAAGCAUACAAAUUACGUGAUAAUGAUCUUCGUUUUGAACGUUUAGAUAUAACACAAUCAGUAGCAGAAGAAAUGUUUAAAUAUGAUCGAUUUAAAUUAGCUCAAAUCCCUUAUAUGUUACGUUUAUUAUCACCAUCAGAUAAUCAAACACGUUUAUCUGUUUAUCGUAUGGGUGAUUAUCAUGUUGAUAUAACACGUGGACCAUUAAUAUCAUCAACAAAACAAAUUGGAAGAUUUGAAUUUAGUGCAAUUCAUAAUAUUGAUGUUCCAUCAUAUAAUGAAACAAUGCAACGUAUUCAAGCACUUUCAAUUCCUAAUCAACUUCAUUUACAUUAUUGGACAUUUGAUUAUUUAUUAGAAAGAGCAAAAAAGAAAAAUAAUGCUUCAAUACCAACAUUAGCAAAACCUAAAACAUCAGAUAAUAAAACAGACAAAAUAGAAUAA